GUUUAUUUGCAUAUGAAGAGCUUUCGAAAUGGAAAUUUUGCCAUUAAUGAUUUGGGGUCGCUGCCAGAAGUGUGAAUAACACCGAGGGUACAAGUCGAGAGGCUUAGUCAGCUUGUGAACACCCUAAACGUCGAAAAGCUAAAAUGCCGAAGUGUCCCAAGUGCAACAAGGAAGUCUAUUUUGCUGAGAAGGUGACUUCGCUUGGCAAAGACUGGCAUAGGCCAUGUUUGAGAUGUGAAAAAUGCAACAAGACUCUGAAUUCUGGAGGUCAUUCCGAGCACGGAGGCAAGCCAUAUUGCAAUAAGCCAUGCUACGCUGCCUUGUUUGGCCCAGGAGGUUUUGGUCACGGUGGAACAGAGUCACAUAAAACGUCACGAGUAAUUUGCUGCUGUUUUGUUACAUUCUUGAGCGCCUCUUUUUACCGCAUUUGCUCCAAAAUGACGAAGUGUCCGACUUGCGGCAAAGAAGUGUACUUCGCCGAAAAAGUGUCUUCUAUAGGAAAAGACUGGCACAGGGCUUGUUUAAAAUGUGCAAAAUGCGGGAAAACGUUGUCUUCUGGUGGUCAUGCAGAGAAGGGUGGUAAACCAUACUGCCAUAUCCCAUGUUACAGUCACUUGUUUGGCCCUAAAGGGUUUGGUCAUGGUGGAACAGAAUCACACACAUACAACUGAGAUUGCUAAGCUGUCAUCCAUGAGUAGCAUUUUGGUUGGGGAGAGAGUGCAAUUUGGUUAAAGAUACAGUUUCUCUACGAAUAUACCUUUGUUCACUUUUUGGAGUGAUACAAGAAUAAAGGUUGUUGACAAAAUAAAGGUUACUUUA